AAUAAAUAAAAACAACCCACGUUCACUCACUCACCUUCAAACUCAAACUGUUACGUUAUACUUAUUCCAUUCCACUUCCUCUUUUACAAGCCAUAAUUGCUUUGCGUUGCGUUGCGUUGAAACAAAAGAGAAAUUUUAUAAAAACCUUUAUCUUUAUCUUUCUGUUUUCUUAGUUUUUAACGUUCACACGCGGCGCACGUUAACAAAAUGGCGGAAACCGGCGGUGAAGUUAACGGUGACGGUUUUACAUAUCUUCACGGCGAUCUCGACUUAACUAUAAUCUCCGCUCGCCGGUUACCGAACAUGGAUAUGUUUUCCGAGCGUUUCUGCCGCUGCAUAACCGCUUGCGACACUAUUAAAUUCCACUCGCCACCUUCUGACUCCACCACCACCGCCGCCGACGGAGGAACCACCACACACCGGGAACAUCAUCACCGGAGAAAAAUCAUACGAAGUGAUCCCUACGUAACUGUUUCUGUACCGCAAGCAACCGUUGCACGGACACGUGUGUUGAAGAAUUCACUGAAUCCUGAGUGGAAGGAACGGUUUCACAUUCCGUUAGCACAUCCGGUUAUUGAUUUGGAGAUUCGUGUUAAAGAUGAUGAUGUGUUUGGUGCUGAAGUUAUGGGAAUGGUGAAGAUUCCGGCCAAGAGAAUUGCUACCGGAGAGUUGAUUUCCGGUUGGUUUCCUAUUGUUGCUUCAUCCGGUAAACCACCGAAGCCGGAUACAGCUUUGAAUAUAGAAAUGAAGUUUACUCCGGUGGAUGAGAAUCCGCUAUACCUGCGUGGCAUUGCGGCUGAUCCGGAACAUGGAGGAGUGAGGCAUACGUAUUUUCCGGUGAGGAAGGGGAGUUCUGUGAGGCUUUAUCAAGAUGCACAUUGUCCAGAAGGAACUGUACCGGAGAUUCAGCUUGAUAAUGGGAAGGUUUAUAGAGCGGAGAAUUGUUGGGAAGAUAUAUGUUAUGCUAUAACAGAAGCUCAUCAUAUGGUUUAUUUAGCGGGUUGGUCGAUUUAUGAUAAGGUGAAGCUUGUUAGGGAACCUUCUAGGCCUUUGCCGAAAGGUGGCGAUUUAACACUUGGUGAUUUGCUUAAGUAUAAGAGUGAAGAAGGUGUGAGGGUUUUAUUGCUUGUUUGGGAUGAUAAAACUUCCCAUGAUAAGCUCUUUUUCAAGACGACUGGAGUAAUGGAGACGCAUGAUGAGGAAACUAGGAAGUUUUUCAAACAUUCUUCUGUCAUGUGUGUUUUGGCGCCUCGCUAUGCUAGUAGUAAGAUGAGCUUCAUUAAGCAACAGGUUGUUGGAACCGUCUUCACACACCACCAAAAAUGUGUUAUUGUAGACGCACAAGCUGCUGGUAAUAACAGAAGGGUAGCUACUUUUAUAGGAGGUCUCGAUCUCUGUGAUGGUCGCUAUGACACACCUGAGCAUCGGCUUUUUCGUGAUCUUGAUACUGUAUUUGCCGGUGAUUUCCACAAUCCUACAUUUCCUUCUGGAACAAGGGCUCCUAGACAACCUUGGCAUGAUUUGCACUGCAGAAUAGACGGACCCGCUGCAUAUGACGUUCUUAUUAAUUUUGAACAACGAUGGAGAAAAGCAACCAAGUGGAAAGAGUUUGCAAUUCUUUUCAAAAAAGCUUCUCAGUGGAACGACGACGCUUUAAUAAGAGUAGACCGUAUCUCAUGGAUAUUAAGUCCAUCUCUUCCUACUCUUCCUACCCCAAAGGAAUCAAAGGAAGGUUAUACAAUUGUUCCAGGGGAUGACCCUCUAUUAUGGGUUUCUAGUGAAAAUGAUCCUGAAAACUGGCAUGUUCAGAUCUUCCGCUCCAUUGACUCAGGAUCCUUGAAAGGAUUUCCCAAACGUGCUGAUCAGGCUCUAUCCCAGAAUCUCAUAUGUGCUAAAAAUUUGACUAUAGAAAAAAGCAUUCAAACAGGAUAUAUCCAAGCUAUCAGAUCUGCUCAACAUUUCAUUUAUAUUGAAAACCAAUACUUUAUUGGAUCUUCAUAUGCAUGGCCAUCUUACAAUAAUGCAGGUGCUGAUAAUCUUAUCCCAAUGGAAUUGGCACUGAAAAUUGCUAGUAAAAUCAAAGCUAAGGAGAGAUUUGCUAUUUAUAUUGUUUUACCUAUGUGGCCAGAAGGUGAUCCUAAAUCUGGAGCUGUGCAAGAAAUCCUUUUCUGGCAGGCUCAGACAAUGCAAAUGAUGUAUAAUGUUGUUGCUAAAGAAUUGAAAUCAAUGCAACUUAGUGAUGUGCAUCCACAAGACUACCUCAAUUUCUAUUGCCUUGGUAAUCGGGAACACUUCAAUGAAGAAAGUUCAGGCUCAAAUAGUGCACCGGUCUCUGGAGCAUUUAAAUAUCGUCGAAAUAUGAUCUAUGUGCAUGCCAAGGGGAUGAUCGUGGAUGAUGAAUAUGUUAUAUUGGGAUCUGCCAACAUAAACCAAAGAUCUAUGGCUGGUACUAAAGAUACUGAGAUAGCUAUGGGUUCAUAUCAACCCCAUUACACAUGGUCUGCGAGGAAAAAACAUCCACAUGGCCAGAUUUAUGGUUAUAGAAUGUCACUUUGGGCAGAGCAUCUUGGUAUGUUAGAUGAAACAUUUAAAGAGCCAGAAAGAUUGGAGUGUGUGCGUAAAGUGAAUGAAAUAGCAGACGAUAAUUGGAGAAAAUACGCUUCUGAAGAAAUGUCACUGCUACAGGGACAUCUUCUUAAGUAUCCCGUACAAAUAGAUUCUGAUGGGCAGGUCAGUUCAUUACCUGAUUGUGAUAGUUUCCCAGAUGCUGGUGGUAAGAUAUUGGGGGCUCAUUCCGCGACAAUUCCAGAUAUCCUAACAACGUAAACUCCUGAAUUCAUGUUUGAUUGAAGUUUUGGUGAAGGCUGUAAUAUGUUGCUUGCCUCUUUAAGGGGAAGAAGAUUUGAGUGAAGUGUUUAGUUUUCUCUACUUAGAAUUGAUUGUUCAAAUCACUUGUAAACCUUUCACAUAGGUAACAAUUCAUAUUUGUAAAAAACAUCACCAGUUUGUAGAUUGUUGUAUUAAUUGUUUGAUUCCUUUAUUUGUUCAUAAUUUUCUGCCA